UUGGAUUCUUGCGGUUGAAGCGAACUUAGGUGGGCCAUGGCAGAUUCAAAAGAGAAAGCAACUGGAUAAUGUUCAUCUAUUGCUCCAUUCACAUUCGAUAGCUCUCCCUUUCAUUCUGUUGAUUUGAGUCUGUCUUUCAGUGUUUGGCCUCAAGUUUUGAACUUCGAUAGCGUUUCAAAGAACUCAUGGGAGAUGUACAUAUCGAAACAGAAAUAUCUGAAAUCCCUUCAUCAGUCGGACAUUUUUCAAGUAAUUGUUACCUCCUAGAAGUACAUGGUCAUCAAAAAAAGCAGUUGGUUCAUGGUGAUGCUGUGACGAACACUAGUCUUUUUAUGGAUGUUCUGGGAUAUUAUUCGUUAGUGGAUGACAUUGUCACCCAUCUCUUAACUCUGGCUAGUUAUGUGAGUCACCAGUUCAUUCAAUUUAUUGAGGAUAUCGUAUUUAGAGAUGUCAAUAGAUGCUCAAAAGAUUUGGGGGUUCUUUCUUCUGAACAGAAUCCAAGAUACUUGUGCCACAGCAUUUGUAGACCUGUUGCUAGCCUUACAGUCCUGGAAGGAAAAACUGCAGAACUCAGGGAAGAAUUGCUUGUAAAUACAAGAUCUGAAGUUGUCGAAAAUAACUACAGCUAUGGGGGUGUCCCUAUUUUUUUUCAAGGGUUGAUGCUUCCAUUAUUCAGUUUACGAUUUGCCUGGAGGUUGGCGUUUUACUCCUGGAAACAGUCUUUUUCUUACAUUAGAUGUAUUCAAGUGCAAGUUCAGAGCAUUAUAUUUCGACUGCAUAAAACUUUGCGUGGUUCUUCUGAUGACAUUGGAUGGUUGCAAUGCACUCCUGGAGUGGCUCCUGUUGAGGAUGGGACGCCAAGAUUCUUGGAAUUGCUUGCAAGCAUAAGAAAUGGAGAGCACAAACUUCCUAAUUCAUUUGUUUAUCUACUAAUUCCAGGCCUCUUUAGUAAUCAUGGUCCCUUAUAUUUUGUGGGCGCUAAAAGAUUCUUUUCAAAGAUGGGUCUAGCUUGUCAUAUUGCAAAAAUUCACAGUGAGGCCUCAGUGGAGCACAAUGCAUGGGAACUGAAGCAAUAUAUCGAGGAGCUUUACUGGGGAUCUGGGAAGCUUGUGAUGUUGCUAGGGCACAGCAAGGGUGGUGUUGAUGCUGCGGCUGCAUUAUCAAUUUACUGGUCUGAUUUGAAAGACAAAGUUGCUGGUUUGGCACUGGUUCAGAGCCCCUAUGGCGGCACCCCUUUAGCUUCUGAUAUUCUCCGUGAAGGCCAGAUUGCUGACAAAGAAACCCGGAGGAUCAUGGAGUUCUUGAUAUGCAAGCUAAUUAAGGGUGACAUAAGGGCAUUGGAGGACCUCACAUAUGAGAAGAGAAAGGAGUUCAUCAUGAAGCACAAGCUUCCUGAGAACAUCCCGUUGCUCUCCUUCCACUCUGAAGCAAGCAUAGCUCCUGGUGUCCUUGCAACAAUGACCCACAUAGCCCAUGCAGAACUUCCCUGGCUUCCGUUACCAAACCUUGGGAAUGAGGAGCCUGAUAGUUUUGGACGUCAGGUGCCUGUAGUGAUUCCUCUAUCUGCUGCCAUGGCUGUGUGCGCACUCCACUUGCUGCUCAGGUAUGGGGAGAAGAGUGAUGGUCUAGUGACGUGCCGUGAUGCGGAAGUUCCAGGCUCGGUUGUAGUCAGACCAGACCAGAAGCUUGACCAUGCCUGGAUGGUGUACUCUUCAAGGAAGAAGAAUCCUAGUGAGCCUGAUGCUUGUGAAAUGUGUGAGGCUCUUCUUACUCUGCUUGUGGAGCUUGGGAAGAUGAAGCAAGGAGAAAGGAAGUAACCCAUAAUUCAAAACAGGGCUUUUUUGGUCAUAGCAUGUCUACUUAGUUUGCUACAAUCUACAUGUUUCCAUAACAACAGUUCAGAAGCAAUGAAUGGUAGCAAAAUCCAGCUACUUUAGUUGUGGAUAUUUUCUCAUUGAAGUGCACAAUGGUUUUGGAGAUGAGAGGCCUAUACGGUAUGAAGGGUGAGAGCCCUAUGGGCUAUGGAGUAUUGACAGGGUAUUGGACAAAUAUGAACUCUUUUUUUUUUUUUUAAUAUAUAAUCUUUUUCUUCUCCCGCCGCCGGGGGGGGGGGGUUGGCCGUGCUGGAUUGGGGAUAUGUAUAGACUUAAAAGUUCUAAACAUUAUGCAGGACUUGAACUAAAGUUCAUUCCAUGUUGUUUCCAAUUUGUCAUGAGGCUAAGGAUAAUUGUCUUUUAUUUUGUACCUCAUUGAGAACUUUCUACAUUUUCUGAGUUUUCAA